AUGCUGGUUUCCAGCCUUUGUGUCAAUUACACCCUCAUGGCGCCCUCAAACAUCAUCAAGAGAGUCGAAGCGGCGCGGCUGCCGAAAGAUCCCAAUCUAAGUCCGAUUUCUGAAGUACGCGUCAAGUGGCAGCUACCAAACAUGGGUGUUGAUGAAUUACGCAAGAAGGUGCUGGAUUGCGAGCGCAAGGGAAAGGAGAAAGAAUGGUUGAUUGGUAUUCUUAUGGGCAAAGAGGUUGCUCUGAAAGUGACUGAUGGGGAAACGGGCGUUGGGGUGCUACCAGAAGGCUUAGUGAAGGAGGAGAACGUUGAGUUGAUUGGGGUCAAGAACAGGGUUGAUAUCGUAAUCAGUCAUGAGCCUGAAACAGGGAGGAAGGAGAGUAGUGUUAGCGUUACGGGAACGAAGAGGGCGAGUAGCAGGGUGAGCGAGGGAGAAGAUAUGACGAAGAGAGCGAAGACUACGGCGUGA